AUGUCAUUCAGAAUUGGAGUAAGGGUUGAAACAGAAAUUGUAUCAUUUAAAAAUCGUCAGAUUCGGUGUACUAACGAUAUGAGUAACACAGAGCAUACAGUAGACGAACAACUUGAGAAGGGACGAGGAGUAGUAGAAUUCUUUGGUGAAACCGAAUUUGCGGAAGGUACUUGGGUAGGUAUAAAUUUAGAUGAACCGAAUGGGAAACAUGAUGGCACAGUGAAAGGGACGCGAUAUUUCGAAUGUGAACCGAACCAUGGCAUUUUUUUGAAAGCAAACCAGGUGCGUCUAGAAUCUCGAGGCAAAUCUGGCAUGCGUUUACCCACCAGUGUUCGAAAAGAUAGCUCUCCUAGAAUAACACCGUCCUCUUCUACUGAAAAACUGAAAACUGUGGGUGGAGCAACUGGCACAUCUCCGACGAAGCUUCAUUCUAAAGAAGAUAUGAAAGGAAGUACUGGACGACUUGGUAGUCAAUCCCCUUCGCAAUUAGCUACAGAGGGACAUUCGAGUUCAUCUCAGAAGUCUCCUACUAAUGAGACCAAUUACAAAUCGAGCGGGAUUUCGAAGAAGAAUUCCACUGUAAACAAAUUAGGAAAUUUAUCUGGUGCUAUCAAUAUGGAAGAAAUGACAACUGCAGAGAGUGUGAAAAGCAUCGUCAAGAAGAUGGAAGAGUCAUCUCUAUCAGUCCCGCUACCUCCUAAUAUGGAUGAACGCAGUGAACUCGAAUGGCUUCGUAUACAACAUAAGGAUCUGUCUGAAAAGUUAGAGAGUUUAAGAUCCAAAAUACUUGAAGAACAAACUAGUCUGCAACGAAAAUUACAGGAAAAGGACAAGGUAGCACAUUUUAAAUUGGCGAAACUGACUGAGUUAAGAGAUGCGCUUGAUUCGAAAAGAAACGAAAAUGAUAGUCUUACAGAAGUUGAGGAACGUCUUGAAUUAAUAACGAUCGAAAAAGAGAUGGCCGAAGAAAAGGUCGACAUAUUACAGACGGAAAUCGAAGCGGAAAAGCAACGAACGCAAGAACUAGAAGUUGAACUGGAGUUACUACGCAGUGAAAUGGAGCGAUCAAGCGACGGUUCAUUGCAGGCAUGUUUGAAUCACAAGCUUCGUUGUAACAGUCAGAUUUCGAGAUUAUGUAACAGUGUGCAGAUGAAACAGCUUGAACAACAGAAUGAAAAGCUUCGAGAAGCGUUAGUAAGGAUGCGGGAUGUGACAGGGCAAGUGGUAACUGAAAAGCAGGAAUUAACCAAAGAAAACGAAAGAUUGAAAGAUGAGUUAACAUCGUUGACAAAAAUGUGUGAAAAACUGAAGAAGGAAUCGGAUUCGUAUGAAAAUAUUAUUGCAGAGCUAAGAGAACGGGUAGAUAUAGCAAUGGGUAGUGAAAAAAUGAUAGAAACAUUGACGGAUAGAAACUUGGAUAUGGAAGAGAAAGUCAGAUCACUGGAAGAAACGAUUGAUGAUUUUGAAACUAUGCGAGCAAUGGAUGAGGAAAUUUUGGAGACUCAAAAGGAUGCUGAAAAGGAAUUGAGAGAAGAGCUUGAUAAAGCAUGUGCGAAGAUCAGUGAGUUAAUGCUACAAAUCAAAGCAUGUGGCGCACAAGCUGAAGAUUAUGAGAAAACAAUCCUCAUGUUUCGUAAAAAAGUUAGCGAUCUAAAUGAGGAAAUUCAAGAACGUUAUGAUGAGAAUUUACGUAUGAUAGAACAAAUAAAAUUUCUGGAAAAAGGAAGCGCUGUUCCUGGAAUGCAAGGCACUGCUUUCACUGUAACACGUGCAUUUUCGGAAGUAAGUCUACAACUUCAGAUUGUGGAUGCUGAAGUACGAUCGUUAGAAUUGGAAUCAGCACAUCAGUGUGCCAAAUAUCUGAAAGCCUUCAUGCCCGAUAAUUUUACGAAACCAGGAGGUGACAGUGACGCAAUAAUACUUAAUGUCUUAUUUCCACGUCUAUACCAAAAAUCAGUGAUCUUGGCGAAGUUAAUGAGUAAUAAGUACCCUCCAGUACCAGGUGGUAUGCGUCGUGAGCAUGUCACCAAAUCACACAAGGCUGAGCAGUGGGCACAUUGUGCUAAGUUUAACUAUUUACUGAAUGCAUUGGAAUGCGUUCUACGAAAAUUUGAGAGUGCAAUACAACGCUGUUCGGUUGAAAGACUGUCACGUUUGGCACAACUUCAAUUGGAAAUGGCAACUCAGGAAAGAAUGAUCGAUCAAUAUAUUGAUUUGUUGAAGACUGAUCAUCUUGAUGAGAACACUUCCUCAGCCAAUCUUGAGAAAGGGAUAACAUAUUUCCAGAAUGUUUUCUCAGUUCAUAUGGCUGGUGAAGCAUAUGAUAUGAAGCAGGCGUUUUCUGAUGUCAUUGCUCAAUUACUUUCUGGUUUAGGUUGGAUGAAGAUAAAUGUUCAGCGUUUCACAUACUUUUUACUGCCCGGUAGUGAAGAUAGUGAGACUUAUACCUUUGCUACUUCAUUAAUGGGAUUGAUCACGGAAUGUGAGCAGCUAACGAUUCGUUCGAGAAAUCGUAUCCCAGCACAAAAAGAAAUAAGAAUAAACCAGCAGAUAGAUGAGCAAUUAUCUAGUGCAGUCAACACCCUUUGGAAGGUAGCUACUGUUGCAAACAAUAUUUGUGCUACAGCAAGUAUACAACUAAGUACAUAUACCGAUGCUGAAGGGUUGCAAAGUGAUCGAAUUAAAGAAAUGUUAUUGGGAGCCGUUGAAAAAAUGAAUGGUCAAACUGACAGUGCCAAGGCACAAGAAGUUACCAAGAAUCAUAUGCUUACACUGAAAUCGAUUCUUGUAAAAUUAACGGAACAACUGGACAGUGGGAAUUUAGAAGUAGAGAUAAACACUAAGAAGCCAUUUCCACCGCUUUUGGAGCGUGCUCAUGCACGAAAACAGGAUGCAGUGGAAGCAGAGGGGCUUCGCUGGCAACUGGAAAAAAAGGAAAAUGAAAUAUCUGAUUUGAAAAAAACGCUUCGAUCCAGAGCAGAUGAUAUAAGCAAUUACAGGCUUCGCUUGGAAAUGGCUGAUAAGAAAAUGGAAACAUCGGGCAAGACAGAUGAGUCACAAGUGUCGAGACUGCAGUCGCGUUGCGAUGAACUGCAAAACGAACUGAAGAAAAGGAGACAGGAGUACGAAGAGACUAUGGAUGCUAUACAAAGAGACUUGGAAGCAUGUGAGAAGGAGAAUGCAGAAUUGAAGGAACGUGCCAAAAAUAUGAGUAAAAAAGCGUUGUUGAUGAAUUUGAGCAACACUCUAACGACAGCCAUUACUUCGUUGCCACCAACACCAACUGGUAUCACUCCAUUUACAAAUGAAGCCGAAAUCAUUUAUCUGGAAAAGGCAUUAACGGAAAAAAAUAAUGCUCUCAAACGGGCAGAUGAAAAAAUACGUUCUCUAAAGACUGAAAUCAUGCUGCAGCAAUUGCAAGAUAGUGGAGUGUCUGGUGUUUCGACUGAAAUUACUGGACCAUUAACACUAGAAUCUGCUCAGGAUCCAUACAAAGAGGAACUUGACAAGAUGAUUAGAGAAGCGGAAGGCAUCAUGAGCGAAGCUCGAAAUUACCAAGUGCCUUAUAUAACAAAUUUACUUAAGCAGAAAAAAGCUCAGCUUCUUGAGAAAUCUGAGCGUGAUAUGGCUAUUCAAGAUGUCAAUUUUAGGAUUUACAAUUUGAAAACAAAAAUUUAUCGCUUCUGGUGCAAGCAUAGCCCUGGGGAACCGCUUCCGAAUUUGUUUAAUAACAUAAAAAGCAUCGCUGAAAUACCGGAGCGCUUGAAAAGUGGUGACCAAGGCGUGCAUUCGGAUGCAUACAAGGAUGCGUAUGAUUUUUUAUUUAAAAAAUUGAAAUCGGAACGCGAGAAGUAA